AUGCGUAGUGGAAGUAAUCGUUACUUAGCGAAUCUCUUACGUCUUUGCAAAGAUCAAAAGUGUAAACUUUACGGGAAAAUCGUUCAUGGGUCCAUCUAUCGGACUGGGUUUUUCGGCGACACUUAUCUCUGUAAUCGCUUACUAGAUUUAUACUGCGAGUGUGGUGAUAAAGGUUAUGCACGUAAGGUGUUUUACGAAAUGCCUGAGAGAGAUCUUUACUCGUGGAACGCUUUUUUGACGUUUAGUUGUAAAGUUGGGGAUUUGAGGGAAGCUAGUGAGGUGUUUGAUGCAAUGCCUGAGAGAGAUGUAGUGUCCUGGAACAACAUGAUUAGCGUUUUGGUACGGAAACGGUUCGAGGAGGAAGCUUUGGUUGUUUAUGAGAGGAUGGUUUCUCAAGGUUUUUCGCCUUCUCGGUUCACGUUAGCUAGCGUUUUGAGCGCUUGUAGUAAGCUUUUGGAUGGUGUUACUGGUAUGAGAUGUCACGGGAUUGCUGUUAAAGUUGGUCUUGAUGAUAACACUUUUGUUGGGAAUGCGUUGUUGUCUAUGUAUGCUAAGUGUGGGCUUAUGGUUGAUAAUGGUGUUAAGGUCUUUGAAUGUCUAUCGGAGGCUAAUGAAGUGUCUUUUACAGCUGUGAUCAACGGGUUAGCCCGGGAAAAUAAAGUUUUAGAGGCAGUUCACAUGUUCAGAUCGAUGUGCGAGAAAGGUGUCAGGGUGGAUCCUGUGUGCUUGUCUAAUAUUCUAAGCAUCUCUGCUCCACGAGAAGAAUGUGAAAUCUAUCGCAAUGUGCUGGGGAAACAGAUUCAUAGUCUCAUGUUGAGACUAGGGUUCGAAGGAGAUCUUCACCUGAACAACUCUCUGCUUGAAACGUACGCAAAGAAUGGAGACAUGAAUAGUGCAGAGGUUAUAUUUGCUGAGAUGCGUGAAGUGAAUGUAGUCUCUUGGAACAUUAUGAUAGCUGGGUUUGGUCAGGACUAUCAAAGUGACAAAUCUAUUGAGUAUCUAAAGAGAAUGAGAGAGUCUGGUUUUGAACCGAACGAAGUUACAUGCACUUCUGUUCUUGGAGCUUGCUUUUGUUCAGGGGAUGUUGAAACUGGUAGUAGAUUAUUCAGUAGCAUGCUAAACCCUAGUGUUACCGCAUGGAAUGCUUUGCUCUCUGGGUACUCCAAGUUUGAACACUAUGAGGAAGUAAUAAACCAUUUCAGAGUAAUGCAGAAUCAGAAUCUGAAACCUGAUAGAACAACUUUGAGUGUGAUACUAAGCUCAUUCGCAAAAUUAAGAUAUCUGGAAGGAGGGAAACAGAUCCACGGUGUAGCGAUAAGGACCAAUGUUUCUAGGAACAGUCACAUAGUUAGUGGUCUUAUUGCAGUGUACUCUGAAUGUGAGAAGAUACAGAUCUCUGAACAUAUCUUUGAUGAUUGUAUUACAGAAUUAGAUAUCGCUUGUUGGAACUCGAUGAUUGCAGGUCUCAGUCGCAACUCGCUUGACACAAAAGCGUUAAUACUUUUCAGAAGAUUGCUUCAGACUGGUGUGUUGUUUCCUAAUGAAACUUCAUACGCUACUGUGUUAAGUAGCUGUUCAAGGUUAUGUAGUUUACUCCAUGGAAGACAGUUUCAUGGACAGGUUGUGAAGAGCGGAUAUAUAAGUGAUUCCUUUGUUGAAACUCCUCUAACGGAUAUGUACUGUAAGUGCGGUGAAAUAGAUUCUGCUCGACAGUUGUUUGAUACCGUGUUGGUUAAAAACAUAGUUCUCUGGAACGAGAUGAUACACGGGUAUGCUCAUAACGGACGGGGUGAUGAAGCUGUUGGUUUGUUCAAAGAGAUGAUUUCAUGGGGAGAGGAGCCUGACCGGAUAACCUUUGUCUCUGUGUUGACUGCUUGUAGCCACUCAGGAAUUGUGGACACCGGGCUUGAGAUACUCAGUUCUAUGCAGAGAGAUCAUGGUAUUGAACCGGAGCUGGAUCAUUAUAUAUGUAUAGUUGAUUGUCUUGGAAGAGCUGGCCGGCUUGAAGAUGCGGAGGCGCUUGCAGAAGCUACACCAUACAGAAACAGCUCUGUUCUAUGGGAGAUUCUGCUUAGUUCAUGUAGAGUCCAUGGCGAUGUGAGCUUGGCUAGACGAAUUGCAGAGAAACUUAUAACUAUAGAUCCUCAGAACUCAGCAGCUUAUGUUCUGUUAAGCAACACGUAUACUUCUGUGAGACAGUGGGAUGAAGCUGCAGCUCUUCAAGGAUUGAUGAACAAGAACAGAGUCUAUAAGACUCCAGGUCAUAGCUGGACCAUAGAGAACAGUUAUUAG